ACGUUUGUUCUGUUCCGUCGUGUUUCGUUUCCGCGCGACUCGUGUUUAUGUGCUUAUUAGUGGCUGCACGGUUCGUGGUUGAAUUGCGUCAAAAUUGUUGCAAAGGUCGAGUGUGCGGUUCAAUUGUCGCUUUCGCCUCCUCGUCAGUCUAGCAGUGGCCGCAAGUGUUAUCCGGAGCAGAGCUCGGACGCAAGCAGACCCGCGUUACGCCCGUCGCAAGAGUGAGUGGGAGCAGGAGCAGGAAGAAAGUGUGUGACGCCCUCGCGAAAUUUUCACCUGUGAACGCCUCGUCCAGAUGCGGCUGUCGUGCUUCCGCCGUGAUUUUUCCCGUGGGUCCCCUUCAUCUGUGAAUUGUGCGAAAAGUGCAUCGUAGACAGGAGCCGCGGAGGGACGCGGCGGCCGAGAAAUCAAGUGGAAAAGUGCUCGGAAGUGGCGUAGUGAAACGUGCGGCCAGCGGACCUUUGCGGUGCCGGCGGCGCUCGUGAUCCGGGGCGGAGCGGCUUGAAAAGUGUCGAAAGCGAAAGCGAUUUGAUUGUGGAAUUUGGCUGAUAACGGGACCGCGAGAGUCGGCAUCGUCGUCGGUGACGGACGGUUGACAGGGCGACCUCCAGCCGAAAAAAGUUGUUUGGAUUUGGGUUUUUUUGGGUUUGGUGUGAUGUCGCGCGCCGCCCGCCUCCGCGCGGCCCCAGGAUCCAUCGACGAGAUUUCUUUCUGAUUUGACAGCUGGGUCAGGGCUGGAUUUGUGUUUGUGCGCAAGAAGCCGCGAGAGAUCUGGAGUAAGUGUCGGUUGUCAAAAUUGUUUGGUUUUUGGGCGGUGUAGUGUGAAGUGUUCGAUCGGCCGAGUCACGCCGCAUUGGCGAGUGCAGUGUAGUUGGCACAUCGGGCGAUCCAUUGCGUAAACAGGUGGAAAUUUUGGGCCACAGCAUCUAUCAAUCGUUCACUAAUCACUGAGGCUUGCUUCAGUGAUUAUCGUAUGCAGAGUUUUCAACGUUGCGUAAUUCAAUUGCUUGGAUUUUGCUUCGGGCCGGUGGACUAGGUGCUAAUACUUCAUUGCCAAAAUCUCGAGCGGAAUGGCAGUGGCGUCACCAGGCGAUGGAGACGCUGCUUUCUGUCAAAAUACGGGUUCCAUUGGCGGAACGAUUACCACAUUUCAAGGGAUGAGUGCAGGAGGUGGAAGUCAGUUGGGAACUGAAUGGCAGGAAUUUUGCGAAAGGCAUGCUCGGGCAGCUGCAUCGGAUUUCGCGAAAUCGUGCAUUAAUUAUGCGAAUACUAAUCUACCGGAGCACAUAAGGCAACAGAUAUCUCAUAGGGAUUUCAUGCGGAAGUUUGUAGAGUCUUUUACGGAUCACUUUGAAACGGAAUUUUUCAGGAGGAGAUCGCAGUAUAAGACUUGUAAUGGCACUUCAACUGUAUUCGAAGAAAACGAUCUGUCUGAAGAGGCCGACUCACCAAAAAAUCACAAGCCAUUUUUUCGAAGACUGUCCUUUAAAGGUUUACGUAAAGGAAAAAGUUUAUAUCUGCUACAAACAUUAUUUCAUAAGCAACAUUCAGAUGAAAUGGAAUUCGACAGUAGUCGUGAAACUAAAACCAAAUUAGCUAAAAUAGUAGUAGAAUGUCGUAAGGAAGGUAUUGUAAACUAUUUAACGCCCGAACAUGUGGACGUAGAUCAAUCGUCGGGACAACAAAAAUGGGAGAAAUGUCGUUUGGCGUUAGUCAAGACGGGAGGUGGUUACAUGUUGGAGUUCUAUUCCCCACCAAAGUCGCAGAAGCCUCGCAACGGCUUAUUCUGUUUCCUGAUUUCGGAGGCUCGUGAAACAACUGCAUUGGAAAUGCCAGAUCACGAAAACACAUUUGUGCUCAAAGCUUACAAUAAUAUGGAAUAUGUGAUUGAGGCGCACGAUACAGAUGACAUGCGGAGUUGGCUGGCUACAAUCCGGUUUUGCGCACACAGUCCACCAACCGUUCAACCUUCCCUAGAUUUGCCUCUAUCUUCCCCUGCAGGGCCACCUACUAUCGCCAGUUCCUCCGCCCCUUCAGCGUUGGCGUCUACGACGACUGUUCAAACAACGGCAGCGAUAACAACAACAACAACCAGCUCGACGGUAACCACAACGACGAAUUCAGUUCAGGUGGCACCAAGUGCUCCGUUGGCUGAAGCGGAAGGCGCGAAUGGUGGAGGUGGGGCAAGUAGUCCGGCUCCAGAAAUUCCACCUCGUAGAACAGGAGAGCAACGAUUGUCAUCUUCGAGCAACUUUGAACUGACAGAAGGAGAUUUGGAUCAACCGGAUUUGAGUGAUUUGAUGCAGGAAAUGAAUCAGUAUCCGUGGUUCCACGGAACACUGCCCCGUUCAGAAGCUGCACGUAUGGUUUUGCACACAGAGGCUGAAGGCCAUGGAAUAUUCCUAGUGCGACAAAGUGAAACUCGGAAGGGUGAAUUCGUGCUUACUUUCAACUUCCAAGGUCGUGCCAAACAUUUACGAAUGACAUUAAAUGAUUCGGGACAAUGCCGAGUCCAACAUCUUUGGUUCCCUUCCAUCACUGAAAUGUUGGAUCAUUUCAGAUUGAAUCCGAUCCCAUUGGAAUCGGGAGGGACCGCCGAUGUAACACUGACUCAGUUCGUCUAUAAUCAAAAUAUUAUAAGUGGCGCAAAUGAUCAUCGGGGAGUUGGAGGCGGCGGUGCUGGCGGCAGUUCACAACAACAUCCAUCACCGAGACAUGUGAGAUAGCCAAAAUUUUGGAGUCAGUUCAGUGUCAGUGGUGCUUUUAUGGUUUUUUUAUUUUAUUUAAUUUAAUGAUUUACUGGUUAUUUCCCUUUCUUAUAUUUACUGAAAAGAACAAAUUACUCCCCGGGCAAUGGAUAUUGAACAUUAGCGCAAAGUUGGUCCCAGUUUUUAUAAAACAAGUUGUGACGAUUGUUUGACCAGUGAAUUUACUCAAUUUUGAAGCGUUCUUCCAAUAUCUGCUCUAAGACAUAAGCAUAGUUUUGUAUCAAUAUUGCUGCCAGGUAACGCACGAUAGGUUAUAUUAAUUGCGGUCCGGGUAAUGAAGGUGCCCGCUUAAGAGUUCAUUGUAGUUGCAACUUCAUUGAAAUAGCCAAAUUCCAUUGUUGCGCACAUUGCCUGACUUCUCCAUUUCGAUAUUCAGAGACAAGUUGCAAUGACGUUUUAUCUAGUAUCUUCCAGAGUCAUGAUACAGUGGAAAUUUGGAAGAGAAAUUGUUUUCCAAAUCUAAUAGAAACUACAAAUCUGUCGGGAAUGUUGUUUAAUAUUUAUCAUCACAUUGAAAGGGUAUCUUAAUAGGAAGUCUGGGAAGAGGAGUUUUCAAUGAUUCGAUUGGGGUAAUUUAUUUUACGUGGUCUUUGUCAAACGAGCAAUUUGUUCAAAACAAUUUCCUAUGAUACUUUUUACGUCUAUGCAUUUUACUCACUCAAUAGUGUUCGCUGGUUGUAUAUUAGUCUUACAAUUAUUCUUUAUGGCUUAAGUGAAUGAUCGUACAUUGUAAAUAGGGUACACGAUAUUGUCUAUGAACGCAGCUAGCUUUAAGUUUACUAUGCGCGCGUGUGAAUUUACUUUUCUAGUCUGUAACAUUAUUGAGAAAAUAUAUUAGGGACAUAUGCGAAUAGUAAUCACGAAUAUGUAUUCGCUCACAUAAACGAUGUUUAAACUGAA